GACGGAACCGGCAAUUUGUGUUCAAGCAUUGACUCGUUGGCAGUGAACCCAUGCGCACAGCACUAGUCUGUGGCACACAUUCCGCACGUUUGACGACAUAUUUCUUUCUCUUUCGAUACAACCACUGAAUACGCGACUAAAAUGCCUUUGGCUAGAGAUCUAUUACACCCAUUGGCGGUGGACGAGCGACGCAAAUGUAAACUCAAACGUCUGGUACAACACCCCAACAGCUUCUUCAUGGACGUCAAGUGUCCGGGUUGUCUGAAGAUCACAACCGUCUUCAGUCACGCGCAGACUGUCGUCCAAUGCAAGGGCUGUUCGACUAUAUUGUGUACACCGACGGGAGGGAAGGCGCGGCUCCGGGAUGGCUGCAGUUUCCGUAAAAAACAGCAUUAAUUAUAAUAUUGAAAUCAAUUUUUAAUUUACUGUCAUUUGUGUUGAUUAUUAAACUAAAAUCUUUGAAUAAAUUAAAAUCAAUUUUUGAACAA